AUGCCAUCUAACCGUCAAGUCAUCAGACGCAAGCCAAUAGCCGUCAAGAUAUCAGAAGCGUCAGCUACUUUCAAGAUACAUGUGGCAACAGCAGGCAAAUUAGCCGUAGUCAUCAACAGCAAGCUAACUAGCCCUCAAGUCAUCAGCAACAAGCCACCUAUCCGUAAAAUCAUUAACAAUAAGCCACCUGUCGUCAAGUCAUUAGAAGCAAGCAAACUAGCCUUCAAAUCAUCAGUAUCCAUCGUAAGCAAGAUAUUUAGCUCUCAAGUCAAAAUCAGCAAGCCAACUAGCUUUAAAGUCAUCAGCAGCAAGCCAACUAUCCUUAAUGUCAUCAGCAGCAAACCAAAUAGCCUUAAAGUCAUCCGCAGCAAGCCAAAAAGCCCUCAAGUAUUCAUCAGCAAGCCAACUAUCCUUCAAGUCAUCAGCAGCAAGCAAACUAGCCUUCAAGUCAUCAUCAUCAGCAGCAAGCCAACAAGCCCUGAAGUCAUCGACAGCAAGCCAACUAGCUCUCAAGUCAUCGACAGCAAGCCAACUAGCUCUCAAGUCACCAGCAGCAAGCCAAAAAGCCCUCAACCCACAGACGAGCAACCCUGGAGCCAAGCAGUCCAGGAGCUAACCAGCCCAAGAGCCAACCACGGAGCAAGCUGUCCAGGAGCCAACCAGCCCAGCAGCCAACCACGGGACGAGCAGAACCAGGAGCCGACCAGCCAGGAGCCAACCAGCCCAGGAGCCAACCAGCCCAGCAGCCAACCACGGGACGAGCAGAACCAGGAGCCGACCAGCCCAGGAGCCAACCACGGAGCAAGCAGCCCAGGAGCCAACCAGCCCAGGAGCCAACCACGGAGCAAGCAGCCCAGGAGCCAACCAGCCCAGGAGCCAACCAGCCCAGAAGCCAACCAGCCAAGGAGCCAACCAGCCCAGGAGCCAACCACGGAGCAAGCAGCCCAGGAGCCAACCAGCCCAGGAGCCAACCACGGAGCAACCAGCCAAGGAGCCAACCAGCCCAGGAGCCAACUACGGAGCAAGCAGCCCAGGAGCCAACCAGCCCAGGAGCCAACCACGGAGCAAGCAGCCCAGGAGCCAACCAGCCCAGGAGCCAACCACGGAGCAAGCAGCCCAGGAGCCAACCAGCCAAGGAACCAACCAGCCCAGGAGCGAACCACGGAGAAAGCAGCCCAGGAGCCAACCAGCCAAGGAGCCAACCAGCCAAGGAGCCAACCACGGAGCAACCGACCCAUGAGCCAACCAACCCAGGAGCCAACCGACCCAUGA